AUGCAUCUUUCACCCUGGGCCUUUGCCACUUUCAUUACUGCUGCUACCGCGGCUACUCUCCAGGUCAACUACUAUUCCGACGGCGGCUGUUCCAAUUACAUGACCGAGCUCAAACCAAGCCCAAGCCCUACGACUUGCGUCGACUACGUAUGGGGCGGCUCAAACAGCAUGAAUAUCGCCGCCUGCACGUUCCCGAAUGGAAAGUGCAUCUGCACCGUUUACACCCAGCCGCACUGUAAGGGCGCCCAGCAGACUGUUGUCUACGGUGGGGACAAUUGUGCUUCGAACUGGGGCCGCGGAUUCUAUUCCUUCAAGUGCAGCGUCGAGCACGGCCUCUGA